AGCAUCCGCUUGUCGUUAGUCGGUGUUUGUAACCCGUUCGUGAAAUGUCUCGCGGCUCGAGCUGAGGUGUCGAUAGCUGGAUUUGAUUUCACUCUGGAUCAGGAAGGAAUAAGGACGAGUGGUCGAGGGAACGAGUCGUGUGAAGUGGCGGUGGUUUGUUUUGGGGCGAAAUAGAGAGUGAGGGUGGAUAUAUUUUGGCUGCUUCGGAGGACCGGUUUGCUGUAGUGAUUUUUCCUGCGUGUGUUUCCCUCUCGGGGCAGUUUUUCAUGCCUAGGAGUGUAGUCCUGAGUUGGAGAGAUUUUAGCCAGUGACCGUGAGCGGAGAGAAGCGGCUAAGCGGCUCUGAAGAAGAAUGCUGGCAGUGAUAAAUAAUAAAACGUAAACAUAAAUAAAGUGAAAAAGGAUUGCUUGCUCUCCAGUCUUGUGCGGGACGUGAUGUUGAAAGGAUAAAUGGCCGCCUGUGUGUUUUUCUCCGGUGCCAUCUGGGUAACGUUAGGAAGUGGGCGCGCAUGAAAGUGCUUCCGCACGCGGUCGGUACGUUGGAUUUGAGUGUGAUUUUAUGCGAGCUAAAGUGAGAUAAUAGGAUUUGGAAAGUGUUGUAAAUUAGCAGAUUUUACGAUUUGUGUGCUUACUCCUCGCACUCGGAGGAAAUUUAUAUCCAUUUGUUUGUGCAAGAGCGUGUAAUUUUUGGCAUUUGGGCUAGAGAUAAAUUACCAACCAACCCCCCUCGUCACACAAGGAGCAAUGGAAUGUGCAAAGUUUUCCGACCGAAACAGUGUUUUCCGCAUGUGGCAGUGCCAGACAUGGGAAAUGUUCAACUAGGGGGCGAAUCGUGAAUGUCUGUGGUACAAUUUUGCUCGCAUACUUUUAGUGGAUGCGAAACGUGAAUAAUUUGUUUGGAUUUUACUACGACGGGAGGAGCAGCAGUCUAACGUCUGACAAACCAGCAACUGUAGGUUCUGAAACGGACCAUCGACCGAUGGGCCGUAUGUAACCGAAUCACAAUGUCGAGGAUAGUUGGAAUUUUGGUGACGACCUUUCUGAUCUGGAGAUUGGGACUGGCGAACACUAAUAAUCAUCAAUUAUCAUCAUCCCUAUCGUUGCCGGGAUCGGACUCGACGGCGGUCCCCAUCGAGUUCGUUAGGAGCAGUAGGAGCAACGGCAGCACCAUCAGCACCAGCAGUAGCAGAAGAAGCGAUCCCAGGGGCACUUCCCACAGCCAAAGCUGGCAGCAACAUGUGUCCGGUGAAGGAAAAUUAAUAGACAAUAAACUAAGGGACAAACUACUGUCCUACAUCGACACCGGCUCAAGUUUCAGCGGCAGAAGAGCCAAACGAGAGGAUGUUUUUAGCGAAGAUAAGAUAAAUAAUUUCUACGACAAUAUCAUAAAGGAUGAGCGGCCAGCCGAAGGCAUCCCACGCAUCACGGAAGAAGUGCUUCCCAUCCGCAAUUUGACAGAGGAACGAAUCCGAGAAGAAAACGAACUGCUCGAGCAUCUAAAUCGAGAGCCCUUCUCGGACAGUGCAAUCCGAUUGUCGACCGACGAAGGCGGCGACGCUGGUGUCCGGAAUAAGCAUCCGGGCGGAGGCGGCGGCGGCAGCAGUGGCAAAAAGGGUCGCCGAAGAAAAGGUCACAAGAAGAAAAUAAAACGGAUAAAACCGAGCGCUGCCGCCGGCAGCCUGGCUUCCGGAUCAGAUCCGACCAUUACACUCUCGGAAGUGGGGGAUCCGUGGAGGAACGGGGGUGCAAAAAUGACAGACGAGAUAAAUUCCACACUAACCAGCGUAACCAAAUUAUCAUUAAACGAAUCUAAGUCACAAACGCUGGGUCGGAAAAAGCACAGACAGAAGCUGCUGCCGGGGAAGCGGCAAACUUCGCAACCGAGUUCGUCCGCCGAGUCGUCGGAUUCCGAGAUUCCGGGGGCCGACAACAGCGCGGGGAGCAAGGGGAGGGGUCAAAAGUCGCCAAAAAAGAGACAGGACGGAAAUUGGGACAGAAAGGCCGGCCGUGAGCUGCUGGUAUUAAAUGGUGAUGAUAUCCCCGAUAAAAAUAUGCAAACACCAAUUCGAACGGAUCCCGAUCCUGCUGAGAGGGUGGCGGUGAAUCUGCUCGGUUGGAAUUCGCAGACACCAGUGGAGCAGUCUGAUUUUCAAAGGGAUCGGCAACGACGGAAAUUAACACCGGCGGAAAAGAAAGCACGAAAGCAACGACAGAAGGAAUUGCUGAAGUUGGAAAAACAACGGAAACAGGCGAGGCGACUUAUGAGCGAGGAUCUUCUGAUGAUACCCGCCCGGCCCGAGCAGCUGCAGCGACCUCCGCCUGCUUCCGAGAGCCAGACCUCGAGUCCAAGCCCGAAUGGUGCAGUGGCAUCCACCACAGACACGGAUGUGCUACGGGAGGAAUCUGUUUCAUUGCAGCGUGUCAUCAUCUCCGGGGACCUUUCCUGCAUGAAGGGUGACUUUAUUCCGGCGCCUGCAAUUCCCAACGCGGACAUUAAAUAUUUGAGGAACGACCUCUACGGGCUGGAGAAUUCCUUCCUGGAAGCUGAGUAUCACUGUCGGCGGGGCUUCGAGCUGCGCUUCCCCAACGGAAUCGGAAACAAUUCCAACCUAAUUUGCCGGAAAUCCCGCUGGAUUGGCAAGCGGCCGUUCUGCUUGCGGAUUAAAACUUCUCCGACGGUGACGCUUUCGCCAAACGAUGCCACAGCAGCUGGUGGGGAUGGUGCCCAGCCUUAUGGCAAUAACUCAUGCGGAAAGCGACAUAGUUGCCAGCAGGCGUGCUACAUGAAGGAUAAUAGCACCCGUGUUUGCUCCUGCUACAAGGGAUUCCGAAUGGUUGACGAGCGGUGUGUCGAUAUCAACGAGUGCGCCGAAUACGGUGAAGAUCUGUGUGAGUACGGCUGUUCCAACACCAUCGGCUCGUUCGUGUGUAAAUGCCCGAAAGGACUACGUGCCACCGACAAUAACAAGUGCAUGGAUGUGAACGAAUGCUUACUACGAAACGGCCACGGUCCCUGUCAGGACACAUGUAUCAACACUUGGAGCGGGUACCGGUGCAGCUGUGCGGGUCUGUCGGGAACCCGAUUGGCCGAGGAUGGCCACAGCUGCGAGGACAUCGACGAGUGCACUGUCAACAACGGAGGCUGCUCGCACACCUGUCUCAACACUUUGGGGCGGGCAUUCUGCGUCUGUCCCGAAGGCUAUAUGCUGGACGACGAUUGGAAGACUUGCAUUGACAUUGACGAAUGCUCGAAUCAGAAAUCGAUCAGACAGGAGUUCCGCUGCCAUGGAAGUUGCGUCAACACGAUUGGCUCGUACCGGUGUUUCGAUGAGAGCGAACUCGAGGAUGGAGCUGAUCAGGGGGAUUUCGGCAUUGGUAGUGUAGGUUUCCGUAGCCAUGAUGAUGGCCAGCUGGCCAAGCAGUCGGAGGAACUCGAAGAUGAGAACGAUGACACGCUAUGUCCAGCUGGAUACUAUUUCAACACGACAAUGGGCGAUUGCCAAGACACAAAUGAAUGCAGCUUCGAAAACGGUGGCUGUCAGCAUCAUUGCGUCAACAGCGACGGCAGCUUUUACUGCUCGUGUAAAUAUGGAUUCAAGCUCGAUAUCGACAGACAUAGCUGUUUGGUGUUGAACGAUUCGCUGCGGCUGGCGGAUGUGGCCUGUCCACCGCUGUUCCCGCCCCGCCAUGGUUAUCUCGAGUGCAGCAGACCAAUCGAUGAGAUAUCGGACGGACCGAACGGUGGGCGGCUGAAGAUCAUCAACCGACCCGGAAGCCAAUGUAUACUGAAGUGCCCCACCGGGUACCGGCUGGAGGGGAAGUUCUCCAAAAUUUGCGGCACCACUGGCGAGUGGAUCGGGGACGAGAGCGGAUCCUGCAUACGAUAUCCCCAACCCAAGCUGACAUGUCCGCCCAGCAAGAGGGUGGAGCUCCAUCCGAACGACACGGACCACACAACUGUGAAACUUCAUCGGCCCAAAACGGAUGUCAGCUGGGAGCGAGAUAUCGUUGCGGAACCAUUCUGGGCAAAGAAGGAUACCCUUCAGUUGCCGCUCGGGGCGAUUAACAUCAGUUACACCGCCAAACAUCCGGUUUCCAAACUGACCGCCAGUUGUACUUUCACUGUCAAUGUAAUGGUUGGCAGUCCUCCUGUGGUAGAGUUUUGUCCAGAUACGCAAAUCUACACCAUCGAGGGUCGCCAUCAGAGCGUCAAAGCCACCUGGGAGGAACCAAUAUUCUCGGACAACGUCAGUGUCAUCACCAUCACCAAGUCGAAUAGCCCCGGAACGGAUUUCGGCGCCGGUAGCCACCUCAUCACCUACGAAGCCCAUGACGAGGCCGAGUGGAGCUCCAAGUGUGUGUUCAAAAUUGUGGUCAACGUGAGCAAGCGAAAGGACGUUCAACAUUUCCAGCUCCCAAUCCUUUAUAAUCGGUUUUACUUCUAAUUGUGGGAAACCACUAGGAAUUUCCUCCCGCUUGUUUUCACGCUCUUCCCCCCGUCCACAUUCCGUUUUCUUCGACACGCAACUGGCACCGUUUCCCGGCACAAUAAAAGCUGCUUACAUUAACUUUUUCUUUCAUUCCCACCGUCCUCCGGACGGGCAGCCAUUUUCAGCUUUGCUACCUAACUUCCUCCCAUUUCGCUGCCAACCGAGAGAAAAAAAAAGCGUAAAAUCAUUCCAGGGCAAAAAAUAAAACUUUCCGAAAUUGCGAAAAAGUUGAGUUUUGUUUCCGUUAAGGGCCUUUCCCAGCAGCAGCAACAGUAGCAUUAGUAGUAGUUUUAUGCAGGAAACGAUGAGAGGAAAAAAAAUUAACACACAAAAACAUGUCGGAACAUAAAAAGUGAAAAUGGAAACAAUAAUAUAUUGUGCUUGAACGAGCAGAGACAGAAACAAAAAUAAAUCCCAUUUUACAGCGGAAAACCCGAGGUAAAUUAAAAUAAACACUCACACAGACACACAGACAAAGGUAGCAGUUUGUGAUAAGGACUUUUUUGUAAAUAGUAAUUUGUUUAAGAUGAGUGAACGAAAUUACAAUGAAUGACGUAAUCAAAAUCGAACAAAGGAGUAGGAAAAGUUUCAUACCGAAAUGGAGAUUAAAAAUUCAUUGCGUUGACUAAAGUAUUGCCGAUGAACAAUGAAAGGGAUAGAAACAGAUUUGUACGAAUCAGUCAUUGAGAAAAUACCUUAUCAUGAUAGUAGUAAACAAACGAAUCUACCAAAGCUGAAUACAUUUGAUCUUUAACUGUAUGCUUUCAUUUAAACCAGAAACGAAAUAAUAAGAAGAAAAAUGAAGAAUAAAGGA